AAUUUGUUUUGUUUAGUUUCAUUCGUCCCUUGAAUUACAUUUAUAAUAUGUUUCGUGAAAAGUUUUUGUUACUAAUUACUGUAAUACCAUUACUUUGGUAAACAUUUAAGAACGUAAUGUUAUUAUAAAAUCUGCAGUAUGAUUUACACAACACGAAGCAUUUUGAGGUUAUAUCGGAAGCACAAUGUUUUGUACAAAAGAUUUAAUUAUGUCUGCGCUUCAACAAAUGCCAAUGAAAAUGAUAAAAACAACCAAAAAGAGGAUUUCCAAUCUCUACUGCAGCGAUACAAGGAAAAGAUAAGGUUUAACUCUUAUCUGGAACACGAAAAAUUACAGUUAGGUCACUUCAAAUAUUACUUGAAAACCUUAAAAAGGGCUAAAGAAUCUCUUGCGAAAGAGCAAAAGAUAAAGAGUCUGCCACCAUUGCCCGUCGCUUUACAGUACUACGUCGAUAAAGACAGACUUUUGGCAGAGGAUACGCCCGUCAAACAAGAAGAGAGUAAUUCCGAAGUGUUUCAGUUACCCUUCUCUAAUGUAACCAAUGUGGAGAUCACACACAACAAAGAUGAUCAAUUCCAGAGUUCACCGAGUGACAAUGUAGCAAGUGAUAAUGAAGCGGAAUUCGAUAGAAGUAAUAUAAAAAAAUGGAUGACAAAUUAUGAACACUUUGAUGACACAAGACUGGAGGAGGAAUCUGAUGAUGAAAGUACUGAAUGGGUGAAGCAGUAUGGCACCCCGGAUCCUACAAUAAACGUGAGUAACGUGCCGUGCGGGGGAUGCGGAGCACUGCUGCACUGUAGUGACCCGUCCAUCCCAGGUUACCUUCCCAGUGAACUGUUCAGUGGCCGGAGCCAAAUGGAGCUGAAGAAAACUGAGUGCCAGCGCUGCCACUUCCUCAAGCAGUACAAUAUAGCACUUGAUGUGACAGUAGAGCCCGAGGAGUAUGAGAAAUUGUUGCAAUCUAUCAGAUAUGUCAAAUCCCUAGUGCUUCUAAUGGUAGACCUGCUUGACUAUCCAUGUUCCAUCUGGCCAGGCAUAGUGGACAUUAUAGGCACUGACAGACCCAUCAUUGUUGUUGGAAACAAGGUAGAUUUAUUACCUGGCGACAGCAUUGGAUACUUGAAUCGGGUUAAGAUGUCUCUUAUUGAGGAAAUUAAGAAGACCAAGCUGGGCACUGCCAACAUCAAGUAUAUCGGCCUCAUAUCAGCCAAGACAGGCUACGGGGUCGAGGACCUCAUCUCAUUCAUGUUCAAAACCUGGCUGUACAAAGGAGACGUGUUCUUAGUGGGCUGUACCAACGUAGGCAAAAGUUCCUUGUUCAAUGCGCUGCUGCAGUCAGAUUACUGCAAGGUGCACGCGACCGACAUUGUCAAGAGAGCGACUGUCAGCAGGUGGCCUGGAACCACUUUGCAUCUACUCAAAUUCCCCAUAAACAGGCCGUCCGGAUGGAAAAUCUAUCAAAGAACAAGAAGACUGAAAGCAGAGGCGAAACUAAUGAAAGUUGAAAAGGAAAUUAGGAAAGCCCAGCUUCAAGGCAUGACGCCCAAGGAGCCGCCAACUCUGAUGGGCCACAUCGGAAGGUCCUUCUCUGAAGAAUACAUACAGAAUACCGAGGUGGCCGAGAAGUUGAGGAAACUGAUGGUGAUAGACGAGAAACACUUUUUGUUCGCUAAAAGCAAAUGGUUCUACGAUACACCGGGCGUGAUGCAUCCUGAUCAGGUGUUGUCUCUGUUGAGUACUGAAGAGCUGCUUCUGACGUUGCCUAAGAAGGUGAUCCGGCCUCAGACCUACUACUUGCACAAAGGCUCGACUAUAUUUAUCGGCGGCCUGGCGCGGGUCGAUGUCUUGCGCACCGAUCACCCAGUUCGCUUGACAGUAUUUUGUUCAGAGGGGCUCCCUAUAACAGUGACGGACACUGACCACGCCGAUGAGGUGUACGAAGCGUUUCUAGGCACAGAGUUAUUCGCAGUGCCUUCGGGUGGAGCCGAGCGUCUUCAGCAUUGGCCGGGAUUGAAGAAAGGGAGUGAAGACUUCGAGUUUGUGGGUGAGGGUCCUAAGGUUUGCUGCGGGGACGUAGUGUUGUCUUCGGCUGCGUGGGUGUCCGUGACUGCUAAAGGUGAGACGAGAUGCACAUUGCGCGGGUGGACGGUCGCGGGGCGGGGUCUCCACCGGCGGUGCCCGUCGAUACUGCCGUACGCCGUCAACUUGAAGGGCAAGCGGUUGCAGGACACGCCCGCCUAUAUGGUGGGCAAGGUGUUCACUGGAGAUCCGUGAUUUUAAAAGUUGUAGGUUGUAAUUUGAAGAAUUAUAUUAAAUCUUCAAAAAUA